AUAGCUCCAUUGAUAUCCUAUACGGCUACCCAGCCAGACUCCUUUGUAUAUCUUCUUCAAAACAAACUCUCACCACUCAAAUAGCCAUAGCAGACUCUGCGCCACCACCAUCCUCCAUGGACGCUUAUAACUCCAUCGGCCUCGUCCCUAACCCAGAUGGCUCUUUCACUCGCCGUAGCUCACAUCUCUCCCUAGCUGCUACUGAUGAAACCGCCGCCUCCGACUCCGCCGUGGCUUUUUCCAAAGAUGUGCCUCUCAACCCCGCCAACAACACCUUUCUCCGCCUCUUCCGGCCUCGUCUUCUUCCUCCAAACACCAAGCUUCCAGUCAUCUUGUACUUUCAUGGAGGUGGGUUCGUUGUCGCCAGCGUCUCUACUCCGCCUUUCCAUGAAACUUGCAACUCCAUGGCAGCUAAGCUUCCAGCUCUGGUCCUGUCCCUCGAGUACCGUCUCGCGCCGGAGCACCGUCUCCCGGCUGCCUACGAAGACGCCGCCGAAGCCAUCAUGUGGGUCCGGAGCCAGGCGGCUGCGGAGAUCGACGGCGGUGAGCCGUGGUUGAGAGAGUACGCUGAUUUUUCCAAGUGCUUUUUGAUGGGGGGCAGUGCAGGAGCAAACAUGGUGUUCCACGCAGGUCUACGUGCACUUGAUGCUGAUCUUGGGGCGAUGAAGAUCCAAGGGCUGGUACUGAAUCAGCCCUACUUCGGUGGGGUGGAGAGGACCGAAUCGGAACUGAGACUGGCGGAGGGUCGGAACUUGCCGUUGCCGGCCAACGAUCUGUUAUGGGCACUUGCAUUGCCCGACGGCGCUGAUCGUGAUCAUGAGUACAGUAAUCCACUGGCGGGAGGGUCCUACCAGGAGAAGAUCGGACGGCUACAGAAGUGUCUGGUGAUAGGGUACGGUGGAGAUCCACUGGUUGACAGACAGAGGAGGGUUGUGGAGAUGAUGGAGGCGCGUGGGGUGCACGUGGUGGCGAAAUUCAAAGAUGGCGGCCACCAUGGCAUAGAGUGCUCUGAUCCCUCACACGCUGAAGCCAUGGAUGAUGAUGUCAAGGAUUUCAUUGACUCCACGCUCCAUGAUUUUGACCCAAAGCAUUAAUAAAUUGGAUUUUCAUUUUAGAUCAAAUAAA